AUGUCGGCCAUCCAGGGAAAAUGUCACUGCGGUGCUGUCGAGUAUACAGCCAAGCUUGAAGACAAGUCUCAUAUCCUCUGCCAUUGUGAUGCCUGCAAACGCAUAAACGGCAGCGACUUCACCCUCAACCAGGUUGUGUCCAAGGACGACCUCGAUAUCAAGAAGGGCGACCUAACCAAGUACACCUACAAGGGUGAUUCGGUUGUGAGUUUUGAUAUUGACUUAAGCAAAGGCAACCCGGUCCACUGCUUCUUCUGCCCCACCUGCUCCACCCACAUCUAUCACCACCAGACCGCAAUGGGCGACGACAAGUAUAUCGUCCGCACGACAACGCUGGAGGGCAGUAAGGAGUGGCCGGCGUCGCUUCAGAUCUACUGCAAGGACAAGGCCAAGUGGCAGCCAGAAGUUGCGGCCAAGAUCUUCCAGGCUGGCCCGGCAUAG